AUGCUCCAGGCGCAGCCGGACGGGGCAACACAGCUCCCCAGCUGGGGACACGUGCCCCCGCGCCUGCGGGCAGCUCUCGGGCAGAGCUGCCGGACAAGAGAGAAGAGGCAGCUUGGGGCUCAGCCACCUCUCUCCCUGUCCCUUCCCGCUGCACAGGACACCAGAAGGAGCCAAGAGAGCCCGGGUCACCCGUCUCCCGUCGCUCAAACUCCUCGAGAAGGAGAUGAGCCGCCGCCAUGCCGUGAGUGUCUCUCUGGUCUGGGCUCUCUGCCCGAGCACUGCUCCUCCAGCCGAGCAGCACAGGCAUCGCUGCUCACCUUCUUGCACUCCUUCUCUCUUGCCCAGUGGAGGACAUUCAGCACCAGGAGCCUGGAGAGGCUGAUGGAGGGCCAGGCACAGCCCCGUUUCGGGGCAAGGAGCCGCAGCUGGGGCAGCGCUCUGGCCGCCGCUGUUGGAAGGCAGCUCCUCAGGCAAGCACCUCUCCUCCUGCCUCUCCCGCAGGAGCUGCUGGCUGUCCUGCAGCGGGAAGGGCCGGCGACGGAGGGGAUAUUCCGCAGAGCUGCCAGCGCCACAGAGUUUCGGGAGCUGCGGGAGGCCCUGGACCGCGGCGCACACAUCGACCUGGGAAGCCAGCCUGCGCUCCUGCUGGCCGUCAUCUUGAAGGACUUCCUCCGAAGCAUCCCUGCCAAGCUCCUCGUCAGCCACCUCUACGAGGACUGGAUGCAAGCCAUGGAGAGGACAAGCAAGCAGGCAAAGGUGGAAGAACUGAAAGCGGUGGCCGAGAAGUUGCCUGCGGCCAAUCUCCUCCUCCUCCAGCGGCUGCUCUCACUGCUCCAGCGGAUCGGCCACAACGCCUCCACCAGCAGAAUGACCUCCAGCAAUCUGGCCGUCUGCCUUGGGCCCAACCUGCUGAGCCCGCCCAACGAGGACCAGCUCCCGCUCCAGGCCAUGCUGGAGGUGACUGCGAAGGUGAACGUGCUGGUGGAGUUCAUGAUCGAAAACCGCGGUGACGUCUUUGGGGAGGAGACGCCUGGCCUCUCCUGUCCAUCAGCCCAGGAGUCGCCAGCGCCCAUGGCCGGAUCCACAGACCUGCGUUUGGAAGAGCAAAGUGGCCCUGCAGGCAGAGCAGACAAGGACCAUCAGGCAACAGCCUGUCUGGAUGCAUCCCCCUCUCUGCUGGACCUCCUCAAAGAAGCUGGGGGAGACACGCUGCUGCAGUCCGAAACGGCAGAGGCACCUCGAGCUUUGCCUCCAACCACCCCCGAGAGCGCGGCAGAGGCCCUGGUACGCCCGGAACAACGGACGAGCCUUCCAGAGGAAAGAAGGUAA